UGUGAUGGAUCAUCGGUGUCAUUUAUAUAGCAUUUAAUGUUCGUGACAAAAAUAUCACACUUCUUAACAACGUACUAAUGAGUAACACCCAUUUACCGUAAUGAAGGUCUAGUGAUUCCAUCGUAGAUUGCCUGUUUCCUGUAAAGCAUUAUUAUUUUGGAGAAUACGGAAUAUUUUUAACCUAAACAUUAUGAAAUUACAGCGCACAAAACUUUUAGUAAUUUUUCUAGUAGUAAUUGUUCUUGAUGAAGCUUAUUCAGCACCAACAACACCACCAACGACUAAGGCAAAUACCACAACGAAAAACGCAACGAAUAAAAUAAAAAUAGAGAACAAACAGAUGAUAAAGACAAAUAGAAAAAAAUCAGUAGAAUCAAAGAAAACCCAAAACCCGUCUACGACAACAGGACAAACCAAAAUAGGUAUCGAAAGCAAGAACUCAAAAUCAGAUAUUUCUAGUAAAGCUUCUAAAUUAGAAACCCAAUCUAGUUUUACUUCAAACCUACCGGAAAUGAAAUCUAAUAAUAUUGUUAAUGCAUCGACGACUACCAAAGUCAUAGGUAAUUCUGAAUUAAAACAAGAGCGACAAAACAAUGUUAAAGAAAUAAAAAAACAAACCAAGAAAAUAAGUGACACGAAAUCAGUGCAAGUGACCACCGCAAUAGAUUCUUCAAAAUCUAAACAUUCAACAACUAAAGAUAAUGCAGAUCAGAAAAAGACAGUUUCAACAAACACUGUUAAGACAAUAAUAAAAGCAGAUAACAAAAGCAAUGAUGCUAAAACCAUGCAAAAAGAGAACAAUAUAAAUGUUUUAAAACCAGAACAGACAUCUCAAAAUGUUAACAGGCCAAAUUUGAAAGAAUCAAAGACGACAGAUGUAACAAAUGUAAAGAAGAAUAAAGUAUCCCCUAAAGACAAAACUACAAAAGAUAUUGAAAGCAAAAAAGGUUUAGUUGGUACAACAUCAAAUCCUUCUGCUAAAGAUGCUAGUAAGGCUAUCCCUGAAACAAAAAUCAAAAGCAAUGAUCCGGAACGUGAGACAGCGAAAAAAAAUGAACAAAAAGAAGAUAAUGUGAAAAAUGAAAGAAAAUCAACAGUCCGAAGAAAUGUUCUAACAACAUCUACAACCACACAAGCUACAGCUACUGAUACAAUGGAGACGGCUACAACAUGGGAUGGGUUACCAUGCAGCUCUCGAUUUCAAGCGCAUCCGUUGGAUAAGACAAAAUUUGAAACAGCCUUUAAUGAAAAUGUGUUUGAAAAUAUCUAUCAGAGUUGCCCAGUACCAUUAGUAUGGCGACAAGACCAGUGCAGAUGUGGAUGGGCAGAACCUGAACUUGUUGAAUCAUGCAAAUGCUGUAGUCAAGGACUAAAAGCACAUACAAAUCCACAAAUGUAUCAACGCUUGGUAAAUGGACAAUGGCAAGAAGAGACUUGCAGCACUUAUACUGAUAGUCAAGUAUGGAAUGAUGACAACUGCACUUGUGUGUGGAACCCAAAUAAACCACAAUCACACAAAGCACCAGUUUUCAGAGGAGCUAUCUUACCUAAAUUAAUGACCAAAUGCGUAAAUUUGGUGAAUAUGACAUUAGAUGAAGGAUUAAGAGAUGCAGACGGUCGCGAUCUUACUCCACUGUUUGGCCGUCAGAGAAUUAGAGUGGUGGAAGAAAAAGGAGAUAUCGGAAAGUCAGUAGAAAUUCGUCGUGCACCAUUCAAAUUAGGAAUUUUCAAUGGAAAUGAUUUACAAUCUACUGUGUACUUCAAAUUCAAUUUUAAAGUUCAUCCAGAUCAAGUGCGCAGGCGUCAAAAGAUGAUAAUCAUGUCAAAUGGUUGCAAAAGGCGUUGGCAACGUAAAGUGAUUAAGCCAUCAUUAGAAGUAGCGUUCUAUCCUUUCAAUGAAACGUUUGAAGUACAGUUUUCAACGAGUGGAAAAACGGUUGUUGAGUUUAUGAAAGGAGUUAAGGACGCAAGUGGAUGGUACCAAUGUGUUUUAUAUUUACAAGACAGGGUGCUGAACUUAAAAGUAAAUGGCAAAAAAGUUUAUUCGACAAACGGAAUGUCAGGACGAGUUAAAUCGACGGAUUGCCCGUUAACAGUGGCAGGUUCACCUACAAAUCCACAAGAACAUUUUGAUGGAUAUUUGGAUGAACUACAGAUUGUGAAACAGUGUAAAUAUGAGCAAGAUUCAGCAUCGUGAGAAAAACUUAUGACUUCCAAAUAUCAUAUUUGUUGAAAAAGUUCUAUAGUUCGAAACAGAAUUGGUGUUUGUUUAAACUCUAUUUCAAAUCAAAAUACGAAAAAAUGCCAACAAUUAUAUCAGAUUAGAUUUACAUUUCACAAGCAUAUAUAUUUCCAUAGCUUAUGAUUUUUCAAUCACAAUAGACACAUUAGCUUAUAUCACACAUUUUUUGGUAAAAGAUCACUACAAAUUCACCCAAAUUUCCUAUAGCAAUACAAAAAUUCUUUCUUAUUCGAUCAUUACAUAGAUUCGGGUCUAUAGUAUACACACAAUAAUUGUCCAUGAAAUUUUGCAUAUGGAAAUUAGUGUUCGUGUGGAGUUGUAAUGCCUAAGCACAUACCAUAAUAUACUAACGUAUUCUUGCAAAUUGGAACGUGAAAACAAUAUGUGUUUUGAGUAUAAAAUUAUUGUUGCCAUUUAUUUGUCAUUUUAUGAAUUUCACGGGUUGUACGAUUCACAUCUAUAUGUUUCUUUGACUGUGUAUAAUAUAAAGCGAAAUCCAAUAAAACAUUUUACUUCAA